UUUGAGACGGAAAAUAUAUCCUCGCCAAAAUCUUGGCAUCAAAACGAGAACACUAGUAAAACUAGAAAUUACAUUGCGUGAUUGCCCAAAGAAUUGUAAAUUCAUCGUCGGAGAAUGAUGAGGGGAUAAGCCAGACGACAUCCAGAAGAGGGUUUAAGUCUUUUAACCUAAGAAGAUGUCACUUCCACUGUCCACUACUUCCUCAACAAAAUUUCAGCUCUACAACUCCAACUUUACUCAAGCUAUAUCAUCAUCAAGACCUAACAUCUUUCACGGUUUAUACAAGAAAUUAUGCAAAAAGAAAGAUUUGUGCGUUUCUUUGUCAGUAAAGUGUAGUCAAGAAACAACCCAGAUAAUUAAUGAGAGUAAUUUAGAGAAAUCAUCAAGAAAAGGCUCUUGGAAACCACUGCUUAGUGAGGGUAGAGAUGAGGAUGAGAACUUUGGUGAUGUUUGUCCUGGUUGUGGGAUUUUUAUGCAAGAUAGUGACCCCAGUCUUCCGGGGUAUUAUCAAGAAAGGAAGGUGGAUGUAGUAAGUGAUGUGUUGGAGGAAGAGGAGGGGGAGGAUGAUUUCCUGAGUGAUGAAAAUGGGGAUGAGAUUGAUGUUGGUUUUGAGGAUAGUGAUGGGGAGGUGGAUAAGGUGAAGAGUAAAGAUGGGAUUGAUUGGGAUUCGGAAGAAUGGGAUUCUGAUUUUGAUAUUGAUGAGGAUGAUGAGGUGGAGUUGGAUGGGUUUACGGCUCCUAGUGUAGGAUAUGGGAAUAUCACGGAGGAGAGUAUAGAGAAGAGGAAGAGGAAGAGAGUGUCUAAAUCUGAGAGGAAAAGGAAUGCGAGGGAGGCUAGGAGGGAGAUAGAAGAGGUUACGGUCUGUGCUAGGUGUCAUUCGUUGAGAAAUUAUGGGCAAGUGAAGAAUCAGACUGCUGAAAAUUUGAUACCUGAUUUCGACUUUGAUAGAUUAAUAACUACCCGGUUGAUGAAAAUUACUAGCAGAACUGCUGAUUCCACGGUUGUUGUUAUGGUUGUUGACUGUGUUGAUUUUGAUGGGUCCUUUCCUAAAGGAGCCGCCAAGUCCUUGUUCAAGGCAUUGGAAGGAAGCCAAGAUAAUCAGAAGAUCAGUAAGAAGUUGCCCAAACUUGUGCUGGUUGCAACAAAGGUUGAUCUCCUGCCUUCCCAAAUUUCCCCUACUAGGUUAGAUAGAUGGGUUAGGCAUCGUGCUAAAGCAAAUGGUGCACCAAAGCUGAGUGCAGUUUAUCUGGUUAGUUCCCGUAAAGAUCUUGGUGUGAGAAACUUAUUGACAUUUAUAAAAGAAUUGGCUGGACCUCGAGGGAAUGUCUGGGUUAUUGGAGCUCAAAAUGCGGGCAAAUCCACGUUAAUAAAUGCAUUUGCCAAGAAAGAAAGAGUCAAAGCUAUUAAACUAACUGAAGCUGCAGUUCCAGGGACUACUCUUGGCAUUUUAAGAAUUCGAGGGGUAUUAUCUGCCAAAGCAAAAAUGUACGACACCCCAGGUCUCCUGCAUCCUUAUUUGAUGUCGAUGAGACUGAAUAGGGAAGAACAGAAAAUGGUUGAGAUACGAAAGGAGCUAAAGCCACGAACUUACAGAAUGAAGGUCGGACAGACAGUCCAUGUUGGUGGAUUAAUGAGACUAGACCUGAGCCAAGCCUCCGUUCAAACAAUAUAUGUAUCGAUUUGGGCGUCUCCAAAUGUUUCUUUACAUAUGGGAAAAACAGAAAAUGCCAAUGAUACCUGGAGCAAGCAUGCUGGUGUUAGAUUGCAGCCACCCAUCAAUGCCGACCGAGUUCCUGAAUUGGGCGAGUGGAAGGCGAAGGAAGUUAAAGUCUCAGGAACAAGCUGGGAUGUGAACAGCAUAGACAUUGCUGCAGCCGGCUUCUGUUGGUUUUCCUUGGGUUUGAAAGGGGAAGCAACCAUGACAUUGUGGACAUUUGAUGGUGUUGAGGUAACCCUAAGAGAUCCUUUGGUUCUUGAUCGAGCACGUUUUCUUGAGAGACCAGGGUUCUUGCUUCCAAAGGCUAUAUCAGAGGCUCUGAGCAACCAAAAUAAGCUUGAAGCUCAAACAAGUAGAAGUUUUGACGAGGAAGCAUCUCUGUUGUAACUAAAGGAAACAACAUAUGAAAUUUUGUAGCUGUCCUAAUUAGGUGUUUAGUUCUCUAUAUCAGUGGUAUUGUCGAAUACAAAAUGGUUUUUUUUCUUCCCAAUGGUGGAUUAAGCUUUAGAAUACGAAGAACACGGGUGGUUUAUUAGGUAUUUGUUGUACAAUGAGUGUGUUAACCGAUUUUGCUUUUGUAUACAACAAGAUCAAUGUCACUUGUGUCUUCCAUUAUUAAUGUAAAUAUAUAGUUUGCUUUA